AUGCUGUCGUUGUUUUCGGACUUGAAGUCCAGAUUCUCCGUGGUGUCGAGAAAAGUGCGUUUCGACAGCUAUGUCAACAAAUUGCAUUACAAGUUCACCAGUGGGAUCAUCUUAUUGUUUUGCGUGGUCGUCACUGCGAAAGAGUUUAUUGGAGAGCCGAUUCAAUGCAUCACAGAGAAGGGAAUUGGUGAUCAAAAUCAGUAUGCAAAGUCUGUCAAUACCUACUGUUGGAUCUCAUCAACCUACACUUUGGAAGAGCACUAUGACAAGCCAGUGGGCAAACUAAUUCCGCACCCGGGCGUCGGGCCGGAAAACCUCAAGGAACCCUCCACAAAGAACUACCACGCCUACUACCAAUGGGUUCCGUUCGUGUUGCUCCUGCAAUCAAUCCUCUUCUACAUUCCACACUACAUUUGGCGUGGGAUCGAGUCAAAAUCGCUCGCCAAAGUGUUGGACGAAUUGGACGGAAGCAGUUUCGGGGAAUCAGAGAAGAAAUUUGCGCGGAUGUCGAAUGUUGUCAAAUACGUGGACAAGAGGAAACUUCCGAAGGACCCCCGAGAAAAUAUAUCUGCGGACCGGCACUGGUCCGCGGACCACAGACAAACAAAAGAACACAGUCAAAUCUACCUCAGGAUGCUGUCGUUGUUUUCGGACUUGAAGUCCAGAUUCUCCGUGGUGUCGAGAAAAGUGCGUUUCGACAGCUAUGUCAACAAAUUGCAUUACAAGUUCACCAGUGGGAUCAUCUUAUUGUUUUGCGUGGUCGUCACUGCGAAAGAGUUUAUUGGAGAGCCGAUUCAAUGCAUCACAGAGAAGGGAAUUGGUGAUCAAAAUCAGUAUGCAAAGUCUGUCAAUACUUACUGCUGGAUCUCAUCAACCUACACUUUGGAAGAGCACUAUGACAAGCCAGUGGGCAAACUAAUUCCGCACCCGGGCGUCGGGCCGGAAAACCUCAAGGAACCCUCCACAAAGAACUACCACGCUUACUACCAAUGGGUUCCGUUCGUAUUGCUCCUGCAAUCCAUCCUCUUCUACAUUCCGCACUACAUUUGGCGCGGGAUCGAGUCGAAAUCGCUCGCCAAAGUGUUGGACGAAUUGGACGGAAGCAGUUUCGGGGAAUCAGAGAAGAAAUUUGCGCGGAUGUCGAAUGUUGUCAAAUACGUGGACAAGUCCAGAGGCACCCAUUACAGCUUUUACUUGUGGUUUCUCGUUUGUGAAGCACUGAAUUUCGCAGUGGUCGUCGGCAAUAUUUUCUUCACCGACACGUUUCUGGGAGGCGAAUUCAAGACUUUCGGAACGGAAGUCAUCGACUUUAUUCAGCUGGACUACAAGAAUCGCACGGAUCCGAUGAUCAAAAUUUUCCCGAGAGUCACCAAAUGCGAUUGGCGCAUGUACGGGCCCACGGGAACCGUGCAGAAACAUGACGCCAUCUGCGUUUUGGCCAUCAACAUUUUCAACGAGAAAAUCUACGUUUUCCUCUGGUUCUGGUACAAAUUUGCGCGGAUGUCGAAUGUUGUCAAAUACGUGGACAAGUCCAGAGGCACCCAUUACAGCUUUUACUUGUGGUUUCUCGUUUGUGAAGCACUGAAUUUCGCAGUGGUCGUCGGCAAUAUUUUCUUCACCGACACGUUUCUGGGAGGCGAAUUCAAGACUUUCGGAACGGAAGUCAUCGACUUUAUUCAGCUGGACUACAAGAAUCGCACGGAUCCGAUGAUCAAAAUUUUCCCGAGAGUCACCAAAUGCGAUUGGCGCAUGUACGGGCCCACGGGAACCGUGCAGAAACACGACGCCAUCUGCGUUUUGGCCAUCAACAUUUUCAACGAGAAAAUCUACGUUUUCCUCUGGUUCUGGUACGUUUUUUUGUUCGUGAUUCUAGCUGCCAUCACUGGUGUUUGCUUGCUGUACAGAAUCAUUCAAAUUCUGCUUCCGUACAUGAGAAACCGGACAUUGAAAAACUUGGUGGCGACACGUGACACUGCAAACCCAUUCAGUGAUUGCGAUUACCUCGUGCGAAAACUGUCCAUUCCGGAUUGGUUCGUGUUGACCGGAAUUGGGGAACACAUGGACCCCAUAUAUUACCCUGAUUUAAUUAAGGAAUUAGCCAAAGUUAUUAAGAAAGCGCCGACGAACCAACAAAAUCAUUCCCAUUGAAGACGUGAGAACAAAUUUCAAAAAAUUUGAAAAAAAGCUUUCCCCUUUUUUUGAAAAUAAAUCAGCUUGACUUUAAAUUUCGGGCUAGGUGCUUUUGCAGAAUUUUUUUUGUAAAUUGGUGAUUUUAAAAAAUAUCCGCGGUCUUUUGAAGCAUCACUUAUUUCAUUUGCAUUCACCAAAACAUGUUCACGUCGUUUUCUAUUUUACAAAAAAUUGUCCCAGAAAAAUUUUGAAAAUGUUGUUUUGUGUGUCAAUUUUUGCGGAAACUUCUGCAGUCUUUAAGCAUCGGUUUUAAUGCGCCUUGACCAAAUAACUUUACCGUCGUUUUCUAUUUUACGAAAAGUUGUUUUUGCAUUUUCUUUUCUGAAUGUGUGAUGAUCAGAUGAAAAAUGUUGUUUUUUUUGUGAGACAAUUUGCUCAAAAUUUUGCCUCAUUCAUCAAUUGCUUUUAUUUUCCCCCCUCUAGCGCAAUUUUGUCUUUUUUUCUGGGAUCUUGCGACUUGGGGGAAAUACAUAUUAAAAAAAAAAAGA